CUUAGUAGCCGCUGAUCGUACCGUGCAUAUUUUUAUACAGUAGCACUAGCAGCUUCUUAAUGACUGUCAUUUAGCCGAAGCAUCGAGUGGUCUUUUCUUCCACAUCUCAACAUACAUGAACGUGCUGCAAAACACACUUUAAGUAUUUUCAGUUCGUGAUCAGGAAGACUGAGGAAUCAGACUGUAAGGAUGUAUCACCGUGACACCGGUUCCUCAUUAUCACCCAGCCAGGGAGGCGGAUGGAAUAACAACUCGGCACCUCCCGGCAGCAUCAUGGACGAUGAGCAAGGCGCAUCGCCCUUCAGCCUUCGGGAGCAGAAACUGGAAAAACAGCGUGCCCUCCUGCGUGAAAAGAAGAAAAAAUACAACCAGCCGAUGGCGGUGCAGCCCAACGAGGAGCGGCAGGGUUCAGGGGGCAAGUCGCGACGCAAGGUACCCGAGGAGACGCGGCCGCUGGUCUCCCCAUCCCACAGUUCCUCCGCCAGCGACGGGCUUCAAGGUAUUGACGGGCCGGCGUCUUUUUCCCUGAACUCCUCGCUGACCACGGUGCAGGUCCUAACCGUCGGGAGUUCAUCCACGGAAGAUGAUGACGACAUUCCCACAUUCAGGGAAACCACAGAGACGGAGAAGAAACUGAAAGCCAUGGGCAUCUCCCAGGCCGUCAGCUACGAAGAUAACGAGGAGCAGGGCACGCCCAUCGGCAUCAUGAACACCAGCGGGCCCGCAGGGGGCCAGAUGUCGUCACAGCCCCCUCCGUACCCGUCAUCCCAGCCCAUCGGGUUUGGCAACUCUAGCAGCAACACAACUUUUAACACCAGUACUGGCUUUGCAGGCGGUUACACAGGCACAGAGAGUGGUUAUAGUACUCAAGCUAGCCCGCCAGUCCAGGAAUCGACCAAAGUCAUGGGUGCCUCAGGAGGAGGUUUUGACCUGAGUGACCUGGAUGCCUUUGUCCUACGACCUGCCCCCCAGGGGCUGUCAGUCCGGUGCCGGAUCUCCCGUGACAGGAAAGGGGUGGACCGAAGCAUGUAUCCCACCUACUUCCUGCACCUGGAGACCGAGAACGGCAAAAAGCUAUUCUUACUGGCUGCUAGGAGACGCAAGAAAAGCACCACGUCUAAUUACUUGUUGUCAACAGAUGCCACGGAUCUAUCUCGAGAUGCAGAAAGUUUUGUGGGAAAACUAAGGUCCAACUUCAUGGGCACCCAUUUCACCGUGUACGACAACGGUGUCAGUCCAAACAAGCCCGGUGCAAUGGCGGACGGCACAAACACACGCCAAGAGCUGGCUGCAGUUAUCUAUGAAACCAAUGUCCUUGGCUUCAAAGGUCCCAGGAAGAUGACAAUUGUCAUCCCAGGAAUGACAUUGGACAACGAGAGGGUAGCAUUUAGACCACGCAAGGUACAUGAUUCCAUAUUAGAUCGCUUCAAGGGCAAGAACAUGGAGAACCUGCUUGAGCUGCACAAUAAGACCCCAGUAUGGAAUGACGACACCCAGUCCUACGUGUUGAACUUCCACGGCCGAGUAACUCAGGCAUCCGUCAAGAAUUUCCAAGUCGUGCAUUCAAAUGAUCCGGAGUACAUCGUGAUGCAGUUUGGCCGCGUGACUGAAGACGUCUUCACCAUGGACUUCAACUACCCUCUCUGUGCCGUGCAAGCCAUGGGGAUUGCGUUGAGUAGCUUCGACAGCAAACUCGCCUGCGAGUAAAUGACAUUGGACCAGCUUGCCUGUAUAAACCCUUGCUCCUGUACCCAGGAAAUAUUUUUAAUUGCCGAUUUUGUUUCCUACAAUUAAUUUGUGCUCGAGUUGUAACAGUAUUGCGAAAGCAACGACAAAAGGUAUGAGUUCUGCUUCUUGUCACAUUGUUUGCAAUCAUCUACCGAUUAACUCUGUUUUUGUGUGCCAUGUUUGUGUUUUGCUUAUACGAUGCAAUUGAUGCUUAUGUUGUAUUUUAAUGCACAGUUUCUGUCCGAAGUGAUAAUAUCUGUAGGUCUAACUUUUGUAAAAUGUACGAUACUUUUGGAGGCGUGGGGCCAAAUGCAUUGAUCAGAACUAUAUUUUUUUUUUUAAAUGGGGGGAAAUAACGAGGAAAAACUGGGUAAGCCAAACUCCAUUGUAGUAUUCCAAUUAAAAUACCAAAUUCUUCACGAUCCUAUUGCAGAGGGUGAAGUUAGACAUUUAAUGACCAUUGAUUGUGCAUUGUCAAAUAAUCUAGUAUUCACUUAUUCCAACUUGACCGAGUAUUCACAUAUUCAAUUUUGAAAUGCACUGAUCAAGUUAAACGUGCACCAGCCUAAGCUGGCAAACAAUCUGGAUUUUCGUGCGCCUGCGCUUGUCAUAUAAGUUGACAAAGAACUUAUCAAAAUUGUGUCAAGAACAGGUAGUGGAAUCACUGAUGCAUGUAUUUGACUGAUUUAAUAAUCCUGCCAUCUAAACGGUCAAAUAC